GUCUGGGUCGCUGCUGCUACCGCUGCCCUCCUCCUCCUCCUCCUCUGCCUCCUCUCCCUCUGGCCCCAGCCGCCCUUCGGCCAGCUGAGGAGGCAGGCAGAGCUACCAUUGGAUGCUCCGGCAACCCAUGGCCGGGCUGCGAUUGACGGAGAGCACAAGGGGUGGGCAGCGGAGGAGAGCUCCGUGCUGCCUCUCCUCCCCUCCUCGGCCGAGGAGGACCUGCUGGAGGCCCGGAUCCUGCUCUGUCCCAGCCAUGGAGGCACCGCCGAACGGCACAAGAGGGGAGACUUAACGGGAACCCCCUCUGCAACCUCCCCCCCCCACCCUCCCCGCCAGAGGAGACGAAGGAGGAGGCUGGAUUUCUAAAGCCACAUCAUGCUGCUUUCUCCCGCCAGGUCAUCCUAGCCCCCACAACAAGACGGGGGUCCAAGCCUUCGGGGGAAGCGGCAGGGGAAGUCACGAGGACAGAAGCCCCAGGAAAGUGUGGGAGACAGAGUGAGAUGACCUCUUCCCAGCCCGCCAAAAGGGCAUCACUAGGGAGCGAGGGGGACGGUGAUGAUGUCGGAGAAGCCUUUGAAUUUGAAGAUAGCGAAGAAGACGAUGCCACCCAUCUCGUGGUGAGCAAUGCCAGGACCGAGCUGGGCACCAAGGGGGCACUGCAGGACCCACCCCUCAGGCGACGGUCCAGCAUCAGCGAUGACCUGGAGCCGUUGGGCGGCUGGGACGCGGAAGAGGCACUCCUGGAGGAUCGAGUUCCCUUGACCACCUCGGAUUCCAGCUCCCAUCUUGAUUGCCGAGAUCCUCAGGCUGAAGCCGAAUUGGUGGGCACGGUGAGCAAUGGAGAUUUUUCCCAGACGGGGACACGAAUCUACAGCUGGAAGCGAAGACAUUCAUCUCAAGGUGAUCAGUUCACUUUCCCCUCUGCUGACGAUGAAGUGAUUUACGAUGAUGUUCCUUACGAGAAAGUCGAUUUGCAGCCGUGUGAUUCAGGGAGAAGCUUAAUUUAUGAAGAUGUCACUCACCCCAAGCUCAGCUCGCAAGAGCCCGACGAUUUAGGCUGGAGCUCCAGCGAAUUUGAAAGCUACAGCGAAGACUCGGCCGACGAAAACAAAGCCAAUGCGGCUCACGCCAAACCCAAAGUUUCCUUCCAGCCGAAGAUGACUCAGUUUAUGAAAGCAGCCAAAAGCGGGACCAAGGAUGGCUUGGAAAAGACCAAAAUUGCUGUCAUGCGGACUUUCCUACAUAAGAAAGAUAUCCCAGCUGCAGAUGGAGAGCCGAGCAGAGGGGUCUCGGGACCCGAAAGGAAGCGAUCUCUCUCCUGGACCGGGGAGGUUGCCAUGCUCCGUAGCUUCUCCGCAGAGAGAGGAGACUCUGAAGAAGAAGAAUUGGGAUUCCUGGAGGUACCAGUUUCAGAUGCCAAACAGCUGCCGGAGUUGGGGCCGAUGCCCGAAGGGUUAAACCCUCAGCAGGUGAUACGUCGUCACAUCCUGGGCUCCAUUGUGCAGAGUGAGAGGAGCUACGUGGACUCGCUUAGGCGCAUUUUACAGGAUUAUAGGAACCCCUUGAUGGAGAUGGAGCCCAAAGUCCUCAGUGCCAGGAAAUGCCAAGUGGUCUUCUUCCGGGUCAAAGAGAUCCUCCAAUGCCACUCCAUGUUCCAAAUCGCCUUGUCUUCACGGGUGGUUGAGUGGGACUCCAUGGAGAAGAUCGGUGACCUCUUCGUGGCCUCGUUCUCCAAGUCCAUGGUCUUGGAUGUGUACAGCGAAUACGUCAACAACUUCACCAGUGCCAUGUCCUUAAUCAAGAAGGCCUGCUUGACCAAACCAGCUUUCUUGGAGUUCCUCAAGAAGAAGCAGAUGGCCAGUCUUGACCGUGUCACACUUUAUGGCUUGAUGGUGAAGCCCAUUCAAAGGUUCCCCCAGUUUAUUCUUCUACUCCAGGAUAUGCUGAAGAACACUCCAAAAGGACAUGCUGACCGGUUGUCCCUCCAGCUUGCCCUAACAGAACUGGAGACCUUGGCUGAGAAGCUCAACGAGCAGAAGAGGUUGGCCGACCAGGUGGCUGAGAUCCAGCAGCUGACCAAGAGCGUCAGCGAACGCAACCAUCUCCAUAAGUUGUUAAAUUCGGGGCAACGGCAGCUAUUAUUCUGCGAGACCCUGACGGAGACCGUUUAUGGCGACCGAGGUCAACUUAUCAAAUCCAAGGAACGGAAGGUGUUUCUUUUGAAUGAUGUGUUAGUGUGCGCCAACAUCAACUUCAAGCCUGUGAACACCGGGGGGCAGCUCGAGAUCAGCAGUCUGGUCCCUUUGGGGCCCAAGUAUAUCGUGAAGUGGAACGCAGCCUUGCCCCAGGUUCAGGUCCUAGAAGUGGGGCAGGAGAGCAGCGCCAAGGAGAAAGACGGUGUCGCCAUCCCAAACGUGGGCUCCAAGAAACCGGUGCCACCCAGCCAGUCUGGCCACAAUAAAGUUUAUUUGGGACCUCCGCGCCUGUUUCAGGAGCUUCAGGAUCUGCAAAAGGAUCUGGCUGUGGUGCAACAGAUCACUCUUUUAAUCAGCACCCUCCAUGGCACCUACCAGAACCUGAACAUGACGGUGGCCCAAGACUGGUGCUUAGCUCUGCAGAGGAUGAUGAGGGUGAAGGAAGAGGAGAUCCACUCGGCCAACAAAUGCCGCCUCCGUCUCUUACUUCCUGGAAAGCCCGACAAGUCUGGUCGUCCCGUCAGCGUCAUGGUGGUAUUCAUCACGCCCAAUCCACUCAGCAAAAUUUCCUGGGUGAAUCAUUUGCACUUGGCCAAAAUUGCCCUCCGGGAAGAAAACCAGCCUGGGUGGGUCUGCCCUGAAGAAGACAAGAAGAGCAAAGCCGCUUUCUGGUGUCCCAUUUUGGUCUGUCACAUCCCUGCCUUCUCCUCCAGGGCCCUUGACCUGCAGCUGGGGGCGGCCGUGCACAGCCCCGUCCAGUCUUCCUUGCUCGGAUUCUCGGCCAUCAGCACUUCUCUGCCACAGGGAUAUUUUUGGGUCGGAGGAGGUCAAGAGGGCGCCGGGGGUCAAGUGGAGAUAUUUUCCCUGAACCGGUCAGUGCCUCGUACAGUCAGGUCCUUCCCAGUGGCCUCGCAGGUCCUCUGCUUGGAGUACAUCCCCGAAAGGGCCGAAGAGGAGCGAACGGAGGAGUCUCAAACAGCGGCCGACCAGCCGUUUCCAGCUCAGCCUGCCCUCUGCCUUGGCCUGCAAGACGGCAGCAUCUUGGCCUAUAGCAGUCUGGACACAGGGGCUCAGUGUUUGCUGACCAGCCGAGCCCCUGGAGGCCACCCCAUCCUCUGCUUGAAGCACAACGCCGAUUACCUCUUUGCCGGACUCCAGAACGGGACGGUGGCGGUGUACUCCAGAAUCAGUGGAGGCCUGUGGGACGCCGAGGCUGAGCCCACCUGCCUGGCGGUGGGGCUGGCCCCCGUGCGGACGCUGCUCACCUUGGAUGAUGCCGUAUGGGCCAGCUGUGGCAAUCAAGUGACCGUCUUCGAUGCCGUCAGCCUGAAGGCUCAGCAAAUAUUCGAGGUCCACCCUGAAGAGGAGAGCAACGUGACCCAUAUGAUCAAGGCCGGCAGCGGGGUGUGGAUGGCCUUCUCCUCGGGGUCUUCCAUACGUCUCUUCCACACCGAAACCCUGGAGCUUCUGCAGGACAUUAACGUGGCCACCCGAACCACGGCGGUCCUGCCAGGGCAGAAGAAUGUCCGAGUCACCAGCCUCCUCAUCUGCCAGGGCCUGCUCUGGAUUGGCACCGACCAAGGCAUUCUGGUCCUCUUGCCAGUGCCCAAGUUGGAGGGGAUCCCCAAAAUCACAGGGAAGGGGAUGGUCUCUCUCAAUGGCCACUGCGGCCCCGUUGACUUCCUGGCGGUGGCAUUCAGCACUCUGGCCCCUGAGGUCUUGAAGAGCGACAAAGAGGAUGGAGCGACCGCAGACGGAGCGCCAUUGGCAGAUGACGCGCACCCCAGCCCGGGAACUCGCUCCUCCGACGUGUCUGCCCCGGACAGUUCCUCCACCCGGGAAAUCCGUAAAAAGGGCAUCCUUUUGCAAUACCGGCUCCGAUCCACGACUCACCUACCCGGACAGUUGCUCUCUGUGAGGGACACGCCUUCGCCAGCCGGCGGGAAUUCUCUCGAACACACCGAGGAAGACGGCUCCAUCUACGAAAUGGCGGACGAUCCGGACAUUUGGGUGCGAAGUCGGUCGUGCGCGAAGGAGUCUCACCGGAAGGAGAUUUCUUCCCUGGCCGUGAUUUCGGGAGGAAGGGGCUACCGCAACUUCAACGUCAACGGGCGGGCUCCGUCGAGCAGCGAAAGCGACAGUACGUUACUCCUGUGGCAAAUCCCGUUGAUUUUAUAGCGCUGUCGGUUUCGCUCUUCCCGUCUUUUCCGUUUUCGGCAUUGAACGGUGGACGACGGGGACCUCCGGUGGGGGGACGUGUGGCUAUCGGGGUACCCCCCUGGUUGGAGCCCACCAGGUUUUUACCGAUUUCAUAGUCUCCAAAUCCCCUUCUCACCCAGCGGUGUUUGCCACCUGUCAACUCUGAAGCUGACCCCACCUCUUUUUCGCACCUCCGAUCUUGACUCGAGCUAAGACUUCCGAUUUUCUUUCCGUGAACGUUUUCAGGUUUCAUAGGAAAAUUGCACACUCCCUGCAGGUUUUGGAGGGGACAGUUGAAUCCCCCCCCCUCCCCAGGAGAGACAUAUGGGUUUGGUGUACCCCCUGUGUGAAUAUCCUACCUACAAAUAUAUAUAGAGACACACACACACACUCUUAAUAUAAAAGUUCUGUAUAUUAUUAAAUUGUACAAAUAAAAAUCUGUAUAUAUUGGGGGCAGAAAUAAAGUGGUAGAAAACCCUUCCUAGUCCAGCUCAA